UUUGAGCUUUUGUUUGUAAGAGGCAGGGUCUCACUGUGCAGCCUGCCUUGGCAGCCUCCAGCUCAGCACCCUCCUUCUCUGCCUCUGCACUGUUGGGGUUGCAGGCAUCUACCCCCACCGUCCCUUCAUUAUACCAAAAUGAGACUUUAAUGACGCUGAAAAGGAAACACCUGUUGGCUGGAGCCAACGCUCAGCGUUUAGCAGCAAUGGCUGCUCUUGGCGGAGGACCCAGGUUCAGUCCCCAGCAUCCACAUAGCAGCCCACAAACAUCUGUAAUUCCAGUUCCAGGGGUUCUGAUGCCCUCUUCUGAAUCCCACAGGCACCAGCACAUGUGUGGCGCACGUUUAAUACAUUCAGGCAAAAUACACACGAAAAGAAAAUACAUUCUUAGUAAGGAUGCACUUGUGAAGGGUGUCUUCAGCGACUCAGCAGGGAGAUGGAGUAAAAACCAAUAACACGGAGGUUCCUGGGGAAAGGACGCUGCGGUGGGCUUGGUGCUCCAAGAAAUAUUUGGAAAAGCAAGAAAUUUCCGGUCAGGAAUGACGCUGUGCAGAAUUCCAGAAGUGGCUAAAGAACUGGCCAUGGUAUCCAGUAUUACUGACUCGAAAUGCCCUGUGUUUAACCAACCUGUCUGGAAGACUUUUGAGGUACGGAUUCUUGUGGACACCGGAAGCAGUAACUUCGCAGUGGCAGGUGCCCCACACUCCUACAUAGACACCUACUUUGACUCAGAGAGCUCCAGCACAUACCACUCCAAGGGCUUUGAGGUCACGGUGAAGUACACACAGGGAAGCUGGACUGGAUUUGUUGGUGAGGACCUUGUCACCAUCCCAAAAGGCUUCAACAGCUCUUUCUUGGUCAAUAUUGCCACUAUUUUCGAGUCUGAGAAUUUCUUUUUGCCUGGGAUUAAGUGGAAUGGAAUCCUUGGACUCGCUUAUGCUGCCUUGGCCAAGCCAUCAAGCUCUCUGGAGACUUUUUUUGAUUCCCUGGUGGCCCAAGCAAAAAUUCCGGACAUUUUCUCCAUGCAGAUGUGCGGGGCUGGAUUGCCAGUAGCUGGAUCUGGUACCAACGGAGGUAGUCUUGUCCUGGGUGGGAUUGAACCAAGUUUGUAUAAAGGAGAUAUAUGGUAUACCCCAAUUAAAGAGGAAUGGUACUAUCAAAUAGAGAUCUUGAAAUUGGAAAUUGGAGGCCAGAGCCUCAACCUGGACUGCAGAGAGUAUAACGCAGACAAGGCCAUUGUGGACAGCGGCACCACACUCCUGCGCCUGCCCCAGAAGGUGUUUGAUGCAGUGGUGGAAGCCGUGGCACGCACAUCUCUGAUUCCAGAGUUUUCUGAUGGCUUCUGGACGGGGGCCCAGCUGGCAUGCUGGACAAAUUCUGAAACUCCAUGGGCGUAUUUCCCUAAGAUUUCUAUCUACCUGAGAGAUGAGAACGCCAGUCGCUCCUUCCGAAUCACCAUUCUGCCGCAGCUCUACAUUCAGCCCAUGAUGGGAGCUGGUUUCAAUUAUGAGUGCUACCGUUUUGGUAUCUCCUCUUCCACAAAUGCGCUGGUGAUUGGUGCCACCGUGAUGGAGGGAUUCUACGUGGUCUUUGACAGAGCUCAGAGGAGGGUGGGCUUUGCAGUGAGUCCCUGUGCAGAGAUUGCAGGUACCACAGUGUCUGAAAUUUCUGGGCCCUUUUCCACGGAAGACAUAGCCAGCAACUGUGUUCCAGCACAGGCUCUGAAUGAGCCCAUCUUGUGGAUUGUGUCCUAUGCCCUGAUGAGUGUGUGUGGAGCCAUUCUCCUGGUUCUGAUCCUCCUGCUGCUGUUCCCGCUGCACUGCCGACACGCCCCCCGAGACCCUGAGGUGGUUAACGAUGAAUCCUCACUAGUCAGACAUCGCUGGAAAUGAAGAGCCUCAUCUGAACUCCAGCAGCCUUGAACUCAGCUCUUCUAAGAGGGAUGUCUCCAACUGGCUUCUCUGUCUGUUAGUCUGGAACUUCAGCCGGGCAUCUGAAGGCCUUCCAGACUCGCUGUAUCUUGAUUACUCUUGAUUUCCAAGUUUUCAGGUCUUUUCUACUUCAGAGAGAAAUGAUAAUAAAAAACACCUCAUUGUGAACCAAAA